CCCAGCUAGCUUGAUCGUAGUGCUCAUCCAGCUCUAUCCUCUCUCUCUCUCCCUCUCCCCACAUUUCGACGCACGUGAAGCUGCUUCCACCUAGCUAACGCGAUGGUAGUGCCUUCCACGACGACGCCGGCGAGGCAAGACACGGUGGCCCUGCUGCUGCCACCGCCGUCCCCCGGCGGCGGCGCCAUACCGACGGUGGACAUGUCCGCUCCCCGUGGCCGCGUUGCGUUGUCCCAGCAGGUGGCGCGGGCGUGCGCGGAGCAGGGCUUCUUCCGUGCUGUCAACCACGGCGUGCCACCGGCGGGCCCCGCGGCACGGCUGGACGCCGCCACCUCGGCGUUCUUCGCGCUCGCCGCCCACGAGAAGCAGCGCGCCGGCCCGCCCAACCCGCUCGGCUAUGGGUGCCGCAGCAUCGGCUUCAAGGGCGACGUCGGCGAGCUGGAGUACCUCCUUCUGAACGCCAACCCCGCCGCCGUCGCGCACAGGGCCACCUCCAUCGACACCAACGACCCCUCGCGCUUCAGUUCUGUUGUGAAUGAGUAUGUGGAAGCAGUGAAGCAGCUUGCCUGUGACAUCCUGGACCUGUUAGGAGAGGGGCUAGGGCUCAAGGACCCUGGAUUCUUCAGCAAGCUCAUCACGGAAACUGACAGUGACUCCCUCCUGAGGAUCAACCACUAUCCACCAUCAUGUACCACUCAUAAGCUUGACCAUGAUGACCAAUGCAAGCUCAAGAGGAUUGCCAGGACCAAGGCUAGCAAUGGUGGGAACCCGACGGCGGUGGGCGGGCGGAUCGGUUUCGGUGAGCACUCCGACCCCCAGAUCCUUAGCUUGCUCCGAGCAAACGACGUCGACGGUCUGCAGGUGCUUCUACCAGACGUCUCUGGCAAGGAGAGGUGGGUUCAGGUGCCAGCUGACCCAUCAGCAUUUUUCGUCAAUGUUGGUGAUCUCCUCCAGGCUCUGACAAAUGGGCGGCUAGUAAGCGUCCGACACAGGGUAAUUGCAACUGCCUGCAGGCCAAGGCUGUCUACAAUCUACUUUGCAGGCCCAGCACCGCAUACACGAAUCUCGGCGCUCCCAGAGAUGGUCACCGCGGUCUUGCCACGCCGAUACCGGUCAUUCACCUGGGCCGAGUACAAGACGGCAAUGUACUCGCUCCGCCUGAGCCACAGCCGUCUCGACCUCUUCCACAUUGUUGACGGCAACAACGAUGGAAGCAAAGCAAAAUGAUAGGAAUGGCUGGUUGAGUUGCAGGCACUGUGCACGGUGGGGACUAGUUAGAUAACAGAAUAGUCCCCAAAAUUUUGGCUCUACGACAUCAACUCCCAGCAUUAUGAUGGUGUAGUGUAUGUGUCCACAACCUGUGUAAUAGUGAUUAGCUCUGUACGGAAGUUAUGGUUGUACGGUGGUAAUGUGCUAUUGCCUUUUCAGCAAA